AUGUCUGAAAAAAGUGUCGAUCCAAUCCCCCGUAUUCUGGUCGUGGGGUUUGGCGCCGUGGGUAUCAUUUAUAGCUAUCUCCUUGAACAUCACGGCAAGGCCCAAAUCACGGCAGUGGCGCGAAGUAAAUACGACGCCAUUCUCCGGGAUGGAAUUACCAUUCAAAGUACGAGGUGGGGCAAGAUAGAAAGCUGGAAACCCUCUCGUGUUGUCAGACGUAUCGAGGAUGCGUAUCCAUUCGAAUUUGACUAUGUAUUUGUGUGCACCAAGGUUGUUCCGGGAAUCUCUAGCACCCCAGCCAUACUGCGACUGGUCAUUCAGCAGCUCCCUCGCUCUUCACCAACCUUUGUAUUGCUUCAAAACGGAUUGGGUGUAGAAAAGGAACUGCAGGAAGCGAUUGAAUCACAAGUAGAGAGCAACGCGACGCCAUCCGCUCGACCACUCAUCAUAUCCUGUGCCCUCUACAUCAUGGCCAACGUAUUGGAAAACGGAACGGUGAUUCACGUUGCCUCGGACAAGGUUAUCGCUGGUGCAUAUAGACCAGACACGAACACUUCAAACGCAGCGCAAUCACAGGUCGUAGAUUCUAGAAUUUCUGCAUUUGUUGAUCUACUCAAUUCAAGUGGCUUCGAAGCUUCGAGUGUCAAGGAUAUAGCCGCAGCAAAGUUUAACAAGAAUCUCUGGAAUGCAUCAAUUGGGAUGGAUUCAAAGUCGUCUCAGCUGGCAUACGGACUCGUCAAGAAUAUGAUGGAGGAAAUUGUGGCUAUUGGUAGAUCACUUGGGUAUGACGAGACCUAUUUGCCAGCGACGGUGGUGGAAGACAAGAUUAAUGCCGAAUUCCAACGGGUAUCGACAACUCGGACACCCCAAGAGUUCAAAGCGUCUGCACUCCUCGAUAUCACCAAUAACAAGCCAUUCGAGUUGGAGGUGAUCCUUGGCGAGGUCGUGCGACUAGGCAAGCAACAAGGAUGCUCAGUCACGUGCCUUGAGCUCGUAUACAAUUUGCUGUCUAUUGUCCAGAAUCGUCUUAUCGCAUCCCACGCCGAUCCAAGGCUGAUUUCCCCCUUGGAAGCUGCCUCGUCUGCGAUUAUGGCCCAUCAACGCCAGGACCUGGGCGUGUUAAAACAAAGAAAUCUCCUUAGACAGUUCUAUCAGCUCUACAAUCCACACCACGUCGACGAAAGCCCAGAACUCUCGCGCGUGCGCAACGAGUACAACUGGCUCGCACAACGUCAGCGUCAUCAACGCCAAACAUGCACUCUCCCAGAUCCAUUUGACUUUCUUCCUCCAGAACUCCUUUUACAAUGCUUUUCAGAAGUGCCCCAUGAUCGCUCGGACGGACUCUUUUCGUGCCUCCAAGUGUCGCGCCGUUGGAGAUAUUUUCUCAUGUCCGCGAGCACUUUCUGGACGCGUGUCUUCAUCGGUCAGGGCACUGGAAACGUCCGUCGAGUGGAAAUGGGACUCCAGUACUCGCAGAGCGCGCCGCUGAUCCUCGAGGUCUUUCUUCAGCCACAGCAAGACGAAUGGUGGCUCGAGCUCCUUAAACCACACGCUCAUAGGAUCAAGGAAAUUCAUUUUCGACACCAUGCCAUCUACGACGGAGACUACAGCAUGCGCGAGCCCUUAUUCCCCCAAGCUUUGAAAGCAUUACAGCGACUCGACCGCCUAUCGGCCCUCGAGACGCUCGCAUACGUCAACGGCCAGCAAUCAUACCCACCGCGUAUCCCCCCAGAGAAUUUUCCAGUAAUGCCGGCCCUUCGAAACGUGCUCGGCUUCAACCUCGAAAGCGAAGUGCUCGGCAUGGAUAUUAUCAGUCUCCAAAAUCUCCGCCGAUUUACGACCGGGUCCCCCCUCCGAGGCAUUAUCCCGACGCUCACCCAAUGCUCCUCGUUGGAGCAUAUCGAGCUGCUCGAGUCGUUCGACAAUCUCACGCGUUUCAUUGUGGAACGUGUCGACGACGACUCGCCAUGGGGUGACAUCACUCAGCUCCCUCUCCUCAAGACGCUCAUUUUUAUCCGUAAUGGGCUCAACGCGAUCAAACCCGUCCUUACGCUGCGAGGCUCGCAGUUGACCACGCUGUACAUCCGCAUCUCCUGGACAGAUAUGGCCAACGCCAGCUACCUCCGGCACCUUCCUAGUCUGUCCCAUCUCCGAAUUUAUCAUCCUGUGGAGCGCACGGACGAUUCAUCGGUACCACUGCCCACCUUUCCGCCUCUUCCCCAAGUCAAGGAAUUUCACUUUAUCCAGCAACCGGACAUCGUCAUCGAGUCAAUGCCAUCUCCUACCCAACACUUUGUCGCCCUGUUUCACGCACUCGGAGACCGGAUGAAUCAGGUCAAAACCUUGACCUUGGGUUUCUUUGAAACCCCACCAGUCGAAGCGCUGCUCCGCUAUCUAUCCACCCUCAAGCUUCUGGACAGGGUCGAACUCAGCUAUUCCGAGCUGACCUCGGAUGCCUCCAUUUCAAAGUACACGCUCCCGAGCCUCCAGUCCAUCCGGCUCUCCAACGAGACGCUGCUGCAAUACCUCGAUCUACCACUCCUAGAAGAUCUCUGGGUGGAUACAAUAUCUUCGGACGGAUCCCAGAGUUGUACCCCCAACAGUCGCGAACUCGUACAAGCAAAGUCAACGCCCACAGAGUAUCUCCAUGGAAGUCGCUUCCCUCGCGUUCAAAAGUUGUCUUGGGAUGGAUCCAUAUCCUUUUCUUCUGUAACAUUCCGCCGUUGUUCCACCAUCACUACUACAUUUUCCUCGAUUCGUACGCUCGUGUUUGCUGAAGCGUACGCAAGAAAGGAUUCAAACGACUUCUGUGAAGUCCUCUUGCGGUCGCCCUCAAGCUGCCCGCGCCUGGAAACUAUAUCGUUCCACUGCUAUCCCAGCUGGGACCUGUUGUGUCAUAUGCUGCUACGCCGUAACAUUAUGCCGGGCUCAUCUGUUACGCCUUUGACCAGCAUCCAGCUUCCUGGAUACCCUUCCAACACACUUUUGGCUCCUAUCACUGCCCUCCUCGCUAAGCGUAUACCCAAAAUUCCGGCCAUUUCCGACAUUGCAUUGACGUUCCGCAAUGGUCUUUUCGAUGCCACAAAACCUGGCUGUGACUGUUGUCUAGACUGUGGUCUCACUUGCAACUCGCAGGUGCAAAUCAUUGACCCAAACCUGCCUGUUCCUGCUCAGCCAGAUCUAUCCCUUAGCUCUACGGAAGAUUCUAUCGAUGUGGCCACAGGAAGCGAAGCAUCGGACACGGAAGACGGCCUUAUCGAGCCACUCCGCAAUUGGUUUGAUGGCUGGCCACGUCGUCGACAGAUGUGGAAUUCCUUCUCCGAGGCUUGGGGAUACAAAUACCGCCGCUCGUUUGCUUGUGGCAAGCACGACUUUGUCCACCUUGUCACCAUCACGGGUAGCAUGAUGCAAGAAGUACAGCUUGUCCGUGGCCAAUGA